AUGACCGUAACGAAUGCGACCCAAGAUGGAAGCUCUUGUGUUGCUACUCUACAAAGGGCGGCUUUAAGUCCAUGGGCUUUAGGGUUUCGUGUCUUCUUUCCAUUCUCAAUGGAAGAAUUCUAUUUUGUCGGCAUUAUAGAACAAAGGAGAUCAUUGUUGCAAAUUCGAGUUGUGAAAGAAAAUUUGCCGCCAUUUCAAAUUUCUGGGGAAUCUUUAAGCAAUGGAAAGAUGUUGAGGGUGAAAUGUGUGGUUGAUUCUCUUUAA